UAAAAAUCCUUUCAACGGUUUAUCAGGUCAAGGUUAAACUGAAAAUUUACAACAUAAAAUGGCCGAGUUUGAAAUAUCUAGACAAUCUGAGGAAGUUGUAGAAAUGUUUUGUGAACAUUGUUCCGAACAUGGAAAUAAGAACCAGCCUGCAGAAGGAUUUUGUGUGGACUGUGUCAAAUAUUUCUGUGCUACAUGCCUUAGAUAUCAUCGCACAUUUCUACCAGAUCAUGUGACAGCGGAUAAAGACAGUAUGCCUUCAGAUGUCUAUCUCGAGAAAUGUGAACAACAUCCUGAAGAACUGGUUAAAUUCUACUGCCUUUCUUGUGAAGAAACUGCCUGUUCUAUUUGCAAAACAGGCUUCCACAAACAAUGUGAAGAAGUACAUCACCUACCAAAACUAGCUUUAGACUUUGAGGAAGGGAAAGAAUUCAGUAACUUCAAAAAUUCUCUAGAUCUUCUUGAAAAGGAAGUAGCAGAUACAGAACUACUUUUAGGCAAUGGCAGGCAAAAGAAUGAACAAUAUAAUGCAGAUGCCAUAUCUGUACUAAGAAAACAAAAAGAAGAAGUGGAAAAAAUAUUUGAUAACUUCGAACAAGAGAUUGGAAAAGUUCAUACUGCAAAUAAAAAUCUACUUGAUAAGGAAGAAAAAUCAAAGGAUCUUCUGAAGGAAGACAUUAAUAAUCUGAAGACUGAGACAGAAGAGCUGAAGAAUUCUUCUCGAAAGUGUAAAUUAUUUCUACAAACAAAACGCAUGAAAGAGGAAAGGAAACAGAUUAAGGAAAAGCUAAGCGGAACUAAGACUCAUCUUGAACAGGAGGUAUGCAAGUUCAGAUACCAACUUGCUACUCAAAAGUUAAAGCCUGAAAGGUUUGGAAAAGUGAUCGCUGAACCUUUUAAAAUUGUGAAAGUUAUUAAAUGGAACCAAUGGAAUGACAUUCUGUUUCUUACCUUGUCAUUUAUAUUUUGUGUGAUGCUAACAGGAAGUACACACAUUACAGUGGAAAAAUUGUCUAAUAUAGAAGUAUCUUUCGACAUCAAGCAAAUAUUCUACCUUUCUGAACACUGUUUGUUAAUUUCUGAGCCAAAUAGAGAAAUAGUUCAUGUUUACAAUCCAAAAAACAGUAACUGGAUCAGCCAAAUUCAUCAAUCUCAACUUAAGGAAAUCACAAGAGUUAGAGAUGAUAUGGUUGCAGUAACAUUUACUGGUAAUGUAGAAAUCCGGAGUGUUUCUUGCAGUCAAUCUGAUUUUUCUUGGGAAGUUGUAAAAUAUAUAGAUGUGGGUAAAAACUGCAAGUUUAUUCAGUACCGACUAGGAAAACUAUUUGUUAUAUGUUCAACCUUUGGAGGAAGCUCUAGAAUAAUAAAAAUAUUUGAUGAUAAAGGAAAUAAACUCGACAGUUUUAUCAUACAUUUUGUAGCUGGUGGUAUAACCAUUAGCCCUAAUGGGAAAAAUAUAUACAUAUCAUACAAUGAGGAUUCAUUAAUAAUAAGUUACACAACAGAAGGGAAAGUUGUAAAUUGGUUUAGAAAUGACACCCUAAGUAAUCCUUCUGCAAUGACAGUGGAUAGCAAUGGGAAUCUCUUUGUGUGUGGAUAUUUCUCUCAUAAUAUUUUUUACAUAUCUGCUGACCUCAAAUAUGGGUAUGAAAUUCUAAAUGAAAGCCAUGGUAUAUAUCUCCCAAAUAGUAUCACUUACGAUGGAAGGGAGAGUAUCCUAUAUCUCAGAUCUCAACUGAGUAAUUCAAUACAAGUAUUCAAAAUCAAUUCAAAGAGAUUUCCAUAUUUUUUAUACACUCUAACAUUGCAAAUCUCAAAUUCAGGUUAUCUCAAAGACAUUUUCAAGUCCCAUUCUGAAAACAAGUGCACAAAAUAUCAUUUAAAGUCAAAUUUCAGUUAUCUCAAAAUAAAACCUUCCUUCUGUUGGAAUUAAAGGUAAUGAGUUCUGACAGAUAGUAAAUUCUUAUUCAAAUGUCCAUAUAGAUCAAGCUAGUAUACUGUAAUAUUUUAUAAAUAUGAACAAGUGUGCAAGAGAUGUUCUCAGCAAAUUAUUUUUGGCUUUUGAAAUACUCUAUUUACUGAGCAGACACUGUCAACUACAACACUUAUGACCUAUUCAAGGGCCAUAAUUCUGCUGGAUAUACUGGUGUGGGCUAGAUGCUUAUCACAACUUUAUAACACUUACUUAUUAAAUUUUGAAGUAAAGUUAAAAUAUGAAGAACAAUUACUCUAGUAAUUGAAAGGGCACUGUUAAUCAUAUUGUAUGAACAGCUUGAGACAGGCAGCAAACUGCCAAGUCCACUCCCAUGAAACACAGGCAGGAUACUAAUAAACCUUACCUAGGAAUAUUAAGUUUAGAUAUAAUGAUAUAUAUAAGUACUUUCAUGGUCAUGCUUCCAUACACACAAUACAAAACACGGGUGGUAAACGCGCAAUCCAAUUUCCACUGGGAAUACGCUAAAAAUGGGUUGCACAACUUCCGGUGCUGGUGUUGCGCAUCAAUAUAUACAAAAUCAAGGUAGGUGGGUUUUUGUUAAUAAUGACACAUUUACGAGUGCUUUCGAAAAAAAGCAAAAUGCUAUUCGACACAAAAAUGAAUAAAGAGCGUAUGUGUGAAAUACCAACUUACUAAUUUAAGAAUCAGCUCUGUUAUCACGAAAACCUUGUGGCUCGAGCUGUCAAAAAAGCAUGGAAUCAUGAAAAAUGCAAAUUUUCUAACUCUUGUGUCUUCUUUCUGGAAAUGAUCAAACACGUGUAAAACAGUCAUGAAUAUUACAUACACCUGAAUGAAAUGUUGCUUUUGGGGGAAAGAUUGGCAAAAAAUAAUCAGAAAAUGGGGUUGCGCCCCGGGAAUGGAGUUUCGCAUAGACAUUAUAUACGUUAUGAUGUAUACGAGCAACUCCAUUCCCAGUGCGCAACCCCAUUCCCGAUGAUUUUUUGUCAAUUAUGUUCCCGUAAGCAGGAUCUGAAGUAAAUAAUUUUGAUAUUCGUUACUUUAUUAUAAUAGUUGAGUUAUCAUAAAAAGCAUCAGAUGUCCUCAGAUUAGGCAUAUGAGGUCAGAAACUUUCAUGGAUUGCGCGUUUACCACCCGUGCAAAAGAUAGUCUGUGACUUAUCAAAAUUCAGUAUGAUAGUUCCGUCAAUAUUUUUGGAGUGUUUACAAUUUCUUGGGUAUCUGAGUACAUGCACAAUACAGCUUAAAACACAAUCCUUACCGUUCUGUAGGGAUCUUUAUAUCUUCUUCAUUUUUUUACCAAUUAGCCGUGAUAUGUUUUUAUCUAUACAUUCUACAUGUACAAUUAUCUGUAUCUUGUAUCAGAAUAAAUUUGUAUUUGAAUGGAAUUGAACUGAGUCUUAAUAAAAUUAUAAUCUUAGAAAUGGUAUUUUUCUUUUAAUUCCUCACAGUGUGUUUGUCUUUUGUCUUGCCUCUAUUGGUUUAUAAAUCGCAUUGACCUUCUUAAGGUCAAAUAGCUUAAAUGGAGGAUGAAAAACCCUAGAAGCACCCUUUAUCCAAAAACAAGACAGAGCCCUUUCAUAGAACCUUUAACUGCCUUCAAGCUGACUGGGAUGGUACUAGCAUAAGACCUUUUCCAUCCCUAGCAAACUAACAGGGUAGGGGUAACACUGAUUC